CCCACCUCUACGCCAACAGGAAAGGACUAGACGGAGUAGUACAGGCAGGCGAGAGACAAGCUGGCUACACAAACACAAACAGCAUGGAGGAAGACGCAAUUUAAACAUUUGUGAUUCUGGUCUUGUCUUGAGCAGUAUUUGACUUACCAAAGUUUUCGUUGUGUUUAUGAACUUGGCCUGCUGUUCGGAAGAUGUUGUGGGGAGUGUGUAGUCGGGCCCUUGUAUGGUGCAUUUUCACGUUGAUCUCCUGCAUCGUGCCGCAAACGGGUUUCUCUGGAGCCACAGCGUCGCUGCCAGAGAGCCUCCUCUUUGUGUCCACGCUGGACGGGAACCUCCACGCCGUCAACAAGAGAUCGGGUUCCAUCCAGUGGACACUGAAAGAAGAUCCUGUUCUUCAGGUCCCUACGCAUGUGGCAGAGCCCGCAUUUCUCCCAGACCCUAACGAUGGCAGCUUGUACUCUCUGGGAGGGAAGAACAACGAGGGUCUGACGAAACUCCCUUUCACCAUCCCUGAGCUGGUGCAGGCCUCGCCCUGCCGCAGUACAGACGGGCUCCUCUACACAGGCAAGAAGCAGGAUGUGUGGUAUGUGGUUGACCUGCUGACGGGGGAGAAACAGCAAACCCUGACCUCAUCUUUUGCUGAGAUGCUCUGCCCAUCGUCUUCUCUGCUUUUCCUUGGACGCACAGAGUACACCAUCACCAUGUACGACACCAAGAAUCGAGAGCUGCGUUGGAACGCCACCUACUCUGAUUACGCCUCAACCCUGCCUGACGACGACACCAUAUACAAAAUGGCCCACUUCGUGUCGAACAGCGACGGGCUGGUGGUGACGGUGGACAGCGAGUCAGGCGACGUGCAGUGGGUGCAGAACUACGAGUCGCCGGUGGUGGCCGUCUACAUCUGGCAGCGCGAGGGCCUGCGCAAGGUGGCGCACACCAACAUGGCCAAGGACACACUGCGCUACCUCACCUUCAUGUCCGGAGAGGUGGGCCGCAUCACGCGCUGGAGGUACCCCUUCCCCGAGGAGAAGAAGCCCAAGGACAAGCUCAUGGCCACUCUGUAUGUGGGUCGCUACUCCACUAGCCUGUACGCCUCGCCCUCUCUCGUGCACGACGGGGUCACAGUGAUGCCCCGUGGCAGCACCUUCCCCAUGCUGGAGGGCCCCAACAGCCCGAGGCGCGUGGACAAGGAGCAGGGCUGCGUGAUUACCCCCAGCACCAACACCAACGGCAACCCUGGCACUGCCCUAGAGGAGCGCAGCCACAUCAACUACAUGUGGAACCACCCUCUCAUCAUAGGUCACCAUGAGAUGCCUCCUGACGCCCACAGCUCCCUGCUGGAGCGCUUCCCCGAGAGCAUGCCUCGCCCCCCUCACAACGUCAUCCCCCCCACCAGCGACAAGACCCAUGAAGAGAAGGUGAAUGACAGUGGGAUGGAGCAGACCACCGGGGGGCCUCCGAUCACAGACAUCCAGGACAAGCCGGGGCGCGUGGUCAAGCCAGAGGCCCCGGUGGACUCCAUGCUGAAGGACAUGGCCACCAUCAUCUUCAGUACCUUCCUGCUGGCCGGAUGGGUGGCCUUUGUCAUCAUUUACCCAAAGAGUGUGCAGAAGCAGCAGCAGCUGCAGCACCAGCAGUUCCAGCAGCAGAUGGAGCAGAAGCUGGAGCUCCUGCAGAGGCAGCACCUCCUCUUCCAGCCGCCGGCCGACAUGCCGCCUGACGACGCCGACUUCCUGCUCCGCGCCGAGAGCUCCGACCACAGCAGCCCCACCGGCACGCCCCGCGCCUCCAACCACUCCACCUUGUCCCUGUCGGAGGUGGGCAGCUCAGCCAAUGAGCACGAGGAGACAGAAGACGAGUCAAGUACUGUCAGAGUUGGAAACAUCACCUUCAACCCCAAGAAGGUGCUAGGCCACGGAGCAGAGGGAACCAUUGUCUACAGGGGUCAGUUUGAUAACCGCUCUGUGGCGGUCAAGAGGAUCCUUCCGGAGUGCUUCAGCUUCGCGGACCGGGAGGUGCAGCUGCUGAGGGAGUCAGACGAGCACCCCAACGUCAUCCGCUACUUCUGCACCGAGAGGGACCGGCAGUUCCAGUACAUCGCCAUCGAGCUGUGUGCCGCCACACUGCAGGAGUAUGUGGAGCAGAUCCAUUUUGAUCGCCACGGUCUGGAGCCUGUGUCUCUGCUUCAGCAGGCCAUGUCAGGCCUCGCUCACCUCCACUCUCUCAACAUAGUGCACCGGGACCUAAAGCCACACAACAUCCUGGUGUCGAUGCCCAACGCCCACGGGCGUGUGCGGGCCAUGAUCUCAGACUUCGGCCUUUGCAAGAAGCUGGCGGCGGGCCGGCACAGCUUCAGCCGGCGCUCCGGUGUGCCAGGGACCGAGGGCUGGAUCGCUCCUGAAGUCCUGAGCGAAGACUGCAAACUCAACCCGACGUGCACGGUGGACAUCUUCUCGGCUGGCUGUGUCUACUACUACGUGGUGUCCUCCGGCAGCCACCCCUUUGGGAAGUCCUUGCAGCGCCAGGCCAACAUCCUGCAGGGGACCUACAGCCUGGAGCAUCUGCAGCCCGACCGCCACGGUGAGUACAGCCUGGAGCAUCUGCAGCCCGACCGCCACGAGGACAUCGUGGCUCGAGACCUGAUCCAGCAGAUGCUGAGUGUGGAGCCAGAGCAGCGGCCGUCGGCCGAGCGCGUGCUCAAACACCCCUUCUUCUGGAGCCUGGAGAAGCAGCUGCAUUUCUUCCAGGACGUGAGUGACCGGAUAGAGAAGGAGCCGCUGGACGGAUCAAUCGUACGACAGCUGGAGAGGGGGGGGCGGGCCGUGGUGAAGGGAGAUUGGAGAGAACACAUCACAGUGCCUUUGCAAACAGAUCUUCGGAAGUUCCGUUCAUAUAAAGGAGGAUCAGUAAGGGAUCUCCUGCGUGCCAUGAGGAAUAAGAAACACCAUUACAGGGAGCUCCCAGCAGAGGUGCAGGACACACUGGGCUCCAUCCCGGACGAGUUUGUGGCCUACUUCACGUCCCGCUUCCCCUACAUGCUGACGCACACGCACCUGGCCAUGCGCCUGUGCGCCCAGGAGCGGCCCUUCCUGCCCUACUACCACCGCACCGAGCUGCCCCCACCACGGACUACGCCCCCCACCCCCCGCACACAGCCCCCGGCGGCCCCUUACACAGACACAGCCCUAGGCCCAGACCCCCAACCAGACAAACAACCCAGUACUGUAGUACUGCAACCCACAGCCUCAGAGCUCAGUGCAGCAUUACCACCUGAAUCUGAGACUACUACGGCUGAACCCCCCACGCAGCAGACCCAUCCAGAGCCGGCCCAUCCACCUGCAGACCCUACGCUGCAAGGCGGGCCGGAGUGAAGUUGGCUGGGCAGGGUGAAGGGUCAUUGCCUGGCAGUGGACACAUUCCAGGAGGCCGGCCUGCCCUCUGCUCUUUCGUCUCUGGUGUGGACUGGGCCUGCAGUGCCCAGCUCAUGCCUCUAGGUGAAGUGGCAGCAGCAGUAGCCUUCCCCAAAUCCCCCUUACCCACUGAAGUGCCUUGACUUGGAACCCGCAAGACAGAUCUGAGUGGUCAAAUAGUUCCUCACAAGAACCAUAGGAGCCGCCUAGAGUGUGGCUGUGUUGUGUGAUCCACAGGGAGGUUCUAAAGAACUUGUUCUCUUGUGUCUUUGAAGGUCACACAUGAAGAGUGAAGCAGAGGUGGAUAUGUAUUUGAUUUUGUCAGACACUUGACAUUGACAAUUUUUUUAUUUCUCCUAUCCUUGUGCAAUGUUGUUUAUGAGUUAAGCGAGUUCUAACGGUCAGAUGUAUAUUUUUGAAUAAAUGCCAGUUGCUUGAUUAUGAUCGUUUAAAUUGGUGAGAGUGCCUUAUGGUUAAAAAAAACUAAAACAAACUUAAAGUGAAUAUCGAGGUGUGUGUGUGUGUGUGUGUGUGUGUGUGUGUGUGUGGUCUGGCUUCAAUGUUGAAGUGUCUUAAUGGGUGAAUGGCUUGUUGUCCAUUUCCUGCUGAGUCGUCCCAACCCUGAGAAAGUGAUCAUGCCUGUCAGAGUCUGAUGAGAAUGCAUUUGGACUGUACAAGUGCCCAUCUGUCUCUUUCUUUUUUACCAUCCACUUUUCUACUUUUGUGAUUUUCUGUUUCAUUUGAUCAGUUUAUGCCCAACAGCUUUACGGAAAUGUAUCCUGUGAGAGAUGUGUUGUUGUUUUAUCACUACAUGUUCAAGUCCUAGUUUUCAUGAACUCAACGGGACACCCUGAGUUUUGCUCUAAAGCCCAAAUCAGUCCACAUGGAAGAACUCCUUCCUCCCCUAUUUAUUUGGAGCAUUACAAUAAUGACUUUUCCCAUGUCAGUUGUGUUUUUACUGUGGAUUACUGAGCAACCUGCAUCUUGUGUCUUUUUGUGAUUUUUUUAAAAUUAUUAUUAUUUAAUUUUAGGCGUGCUCUCUGAUAAUGCAAUGUCUCGUUUCUAAUGCAACAGGUUCUUCAGUCUUUGAUGCCAGCUCACGUCUCCCGAAUUCAAGCUGCUAUGUGAAAUGCCAAAUAAAUUAGAUAAUAAAAACGA